UGUGUGCAGGCUGUGUUUACAUGUUGCUGAGCUUCCUUUAGCCUGUGCGGAGCGGUGAGAUGAGCUGUAAUACUCUUUAAUUCACCGGAAUAACACGUCUUUACUCUAAGAAUAGUUCUGUGUUUAAUGUCUUCCAAAGCGCGGAGAUAAAGCUCUGAUGUCCGGCUCCGUUUGCCCGGACAAGCUGCCGAUCCUGCUAACCUUAGCCAAACCACGGGACGGGGACGUGCGAGACCUGGAUUAGAAAACUGCGAAUUUAAAGGGUCAAUGUUGGUGCACUGAGGUCAGAGGUCAGCUGGUCCUGCCUUCAUCAUGGUCAAACAGCAGCGGAGGACGGACAGGUGUUUUCUACCUGCAGCAGGUAACAGUGUGGCGCAGGUUCGAUUCCCUGUCGGCCCUGUACAGAGGAGACAGACUCCCCCUUACCAGGGUUCUGGCAGGAAGUGGGUGGCUUCAGGAACAGGAAGCACUGAGAGCCGGCAGUACUGCAGCAGCUCCAUCACCACAGAAGAAGAGAGAGGAGAUGACAGUGGAGACCUGGGACCUGAUGGAGGUUCAGGAGAGACAAAGAGGGCGAAAUUGGACGGAACUGAGGAGCCUGCAGCUCCGACCCCGAGGUCAUGUGAUCAGCCAGCAAGCGAGAGCUGCUCUGCAGGAGGUGAGCUGCUCUCAGCACAACAUCCUCUGCUCCUGAAUGGGAUCACAUUCACAGUGUGUGUGUGUGUGUGUGUGUGUGUGUGUGUGUGUGUGUGUGUGUGUGUGUUAUCAGAUGGCGUUUCAUCCAGACUUCCUCCUGUUGACCAGCAGGGGUCAGCAGAGCACAGUGAGGACAGCAGAGCAGCUGAGCUGCAGAGUGUGGGGUCACUGAAGGUCACCAUCCAGCAGAGCAGUGAGAGCAGAGAGUUUGGACAGACAGACAGGACAGCAGACAGACAGACAGGUGGACUCCACUGUCACGUCUGUAACCUCACCUGUCGCUCUGUGCAGAUGUUCCACGAACACAUGUCAGGAGCAGAACAUGUGAAGAAACUGCAGGAGAUCACACACUCCAUCUGCCUCAAUACACACACACUGCAGGACAGGGGGCGUCGGCCUGACGCUCAGCGCUGGUGUGACACCUGUCAGACUCACUUCAGUGGUGACAUCAUCAUACACCGACGGACAAGACAACACAAGAUGUGUAAGCAGCUGUGUCGUCCCUUCUGUCCGGUGUGUAAACGCCACUUCAGGACUCCCAGGAAGUUUGUGGAGCACAUGAAGUCUCCAGAACACAAACAGCAGGUGCACCUGCAGGACGCUCAAGAGGAGGAGCUUAUCACUGUGGAUGCUGUCGGCUGCUUCGAGGGAGAGGAGGAGGAGGAGGAAGCAGAAGUAGCUGAUGAUGAAGAAGAUGAAGAGGAUGAUGUUAGAAAAGAAGCAUCAGAGUUGAGAGUGAUGGAGACAGCUGAUGCAGACGACCCCCCAUAUGACCCACACACCUCCUACGGAAGUAGUUUUGUGGUUCCUGUGUCUGGUUUCCUGUGUCGACUCUGUAACAAGUUUUUCCACAGAGAGACCACAGCGCGACACACACACUGCAGGACACACAUACACUACCUCAACCUGCAGACUCACAGAGCUCGGAGGAGAAAUGAGGAGGGAGGAGAAACAUGAGGACGAGGACACACCUUCUCCUACCUGACCCUCUCAGACCGUAUCCCAGCAUGCAUCUGUGCAUUCAGGCUGGAAACGGAUUGUUUUUAUCACUGAUUGAUUGAUUAUUGCCUGACGGUGUCGAGGCUGCUGUCUCUCCAGAGGAGAAGUGAAAGGCCCAGAGUGCAGAGAUGAGCUUCAUUUAUUCAGAGACGAGCACACACACACACACACACACACACACACACACACACACACACACACACACCUGCUGAACCUGCCUUCGAGCGGCGUGUCAGCUGUUCCUCAGGUACAUUCUGAUUGGUUAAUGAUUCAGUUUCUCACUGGUGCUUUGUUCAUGUAUAUUUAUUGAAUUUA